CAGAAGAACUUUUCUACGAGGUGAGAAAAUCGAACUAACUAUCAAGCCACUGCUAUCAACACAGAUACCACCUGUACCUUUUUUACGACAGUAGAGAGGUUCUUAGAUCUGAGGACUAAUGCUGACACCGGAAGUGUGGAGUACCUAGUGAGAUGGCGAGGCUUCAGUGAGGAGUGGGAUACCUGGGAGCCGGCAAGGAACCUGGGCAACUGCACACGGAAGAUAAAGGCCUUGGAGAAGGACAGGAGACAGAAGGCAAUGGCCACACAGAAGUUGGCAAAGAAGCUGGUCAAGCAAAGUAAGGGUCAGGCGCAGAAAGAUAAAUCUUCCUCUGGGUUAAUGAAAACGACAAAGUCUAAAGGUUCAAAAAGUGAUAAGAAAGUUAAAAAAUUAAGUGUUAAAGAUGGUAGUUUGACGAAGAAGAAAGUUACUAAGAAUAAACCACCAGUUGGUGAUUCAAUGAGUUUGGAUGAUGUGUUCAUAGCAGUGAUAGGUUCAACAAGCACCAAACUUAAGACUCCGGACAAAUCACAGCCCAGUAAUGUGUGUAAAAACCGUAAAAGGUCUUCUAAUACUUCACCCGUCAGAAGUGCAGCUAAGAAAACUAAAGUUGACUAUGUUUUGAAUGAAGAAGUAAGUCAGAAUUCUAAUAAGAAUAAAACUGGCAAAAGUGCAAAGAUGGUGUCAUUUCAUUCACCAAUAAUCACUGAUCUGACACAAAAGUCAAAUGCCACUAAUGAGAAGUCUCCUGUUGUUAAACAGAAAUUGAAAAUAACAAAACCAAUAAACAUGCAAAAAGGCAAAAAGGUUACAGACAAACAUGCAGAAAAUGCUGAACAGCCAAAAAAGAUUAGCACAUCAACAGAAAGCAAAUGGUCCCCUAACCAACCAAAGAAAUGGACUCAAGUAGAUGUUGAGGUGUCGUUUUCAAGUGAUGAUGAUGAUGUAAACCUUGCUGAACUUGCUAAACAAAACCAUUCAGGAAGUGUUCAUAAGCAAAAUUAUAAACAAAAACAUAACAAAACGGGUUUAUCAUCUAAAACAGGCAGCAAAGAGAAACUUGAGCUCAAUAGUUCAUCCAUAGUUAGCAAACAUAUUUCAGGGAGGAAGAAUAAGCGCAAACCCAAGCGAUUAUUUUCAAGAACAAAAGGAUGUCGUGGGAACAGGCAUGGACGCAAAAGCAGGAAAUCUAAGAACGACUCUGAAAGUGAAGUCUUAAACUCUCUCCCAGGUCAAUCAGAAUCUGGAAUCUCUGGAGGUUUAGAUACUGAGUCUGUUGUGAAUGCAUGGUCUAAGUCUAAGAGCAGUGUGGACAAAAAGAAAACUGGCAAAGGUGAAAAGGUGCAAUUAAAAAAGUCAAUGUCAGUGGCAGUAGUUCAAAAGAAGAAAGCUGUUUCAAAGGAAAAGACAAUCAGGCUGCUGGACAGUCUUCAAAAUCAAGCAUCACCCGAGAAGUCAGAGAAGUUCUUUGUUAGGCCUAAAUCUCCAACCUUGGUAUAUACAACAGUGAAGAACGGGAAGGAGUCCAGCCUUCCUCCCACAGUCUCUAAGCCCCUCCUGGCCCAGCCCCAGUGGUUGUUGCCGGGGGAUAAUGGUGCCAUGCCAACCACUGAUCUCCAGGCCAGCUUGCCAAUUAGCCCAGCAUCAAUGUCAUAUAAGGUGUUGUUGGAGAACCUGCCCCACCAGCUUCACCCGCGACGGGGUAAGCCCAGCGAGGAAGAUGCUGAGGAUGUGGAACGGCGGGUGAGCGUGCGGGCCAGCGAGUGUGUCUUCAAGUACAAGGAGAUUCUCAUCAAGAAGUGUGCCAAGUACUCCCAGAUCUGGCUACACACUCACACUAAAAUGAAAAAUGCUCUCAGUCCUCUGGUUAUGCAAGAGAUAACCUCAGCCCUGAGUGCUGCAAAGUAUGAUGACAGCACAGUGGUGAUGCUGAGUGGCCUGGGAAAUGUGUUCUGUUCUGGGGUGGACCUGCACUACCUCACUACUGGCGAUAGGAAACUUGCAGCCAAGAAGAUGGCUGAUGCUCUCAGGGAUCUAGUCAGGAGGGUGAUCACAUUCCCUAAGUUACUGGUGGCAGUUGUGACAGGCCCAGCAAUCGGGCUGGGGGCUGCAAUCCUCCCUCUGUGCGACAUUGUGUACGCUAGUGACAAAGCUUCCUUCUACAUGCCAUACGCCCUGCUGUCUCAGACCCCCGAGGGAUGUGCCUCAUACACGCUCCCUGACACAGUCGGCACCGCCAUGGCGAAUGAGUUGCUAAUAGGGGGACGUAAGAUCACAGCUAUCGAGGCUUGCCAGCUUGGUCUCGUGUCUCAGGUUUACUGGCCAACCAGCAUGAUGCAAGAGGUUAUUCCCCGUGUACAGCAGAUGGCCCAACUCUCAGGAAAGGUUCUAGAAACCACAAAACUGCUGAUGCGUUCCCGCCAGAGGGCGAAAAUUGAUCUCACGAAUGAGCAGGAGUGCAAUAUUCUCACAGAAAGAUGGGCGUCCACCGAAUGUCAGAAGGCUAUAGAAAACUUUAUUUCAAACGAGAAGAACUAUGUUCUUUAAUUAUAGUUUUUUGAUUGACUGUGGAUAUAUAUCCUGAUGAUAUGUUAAUGAAUUUUAGCUUUAUAGCUGUAUUCUUAUUUAUUUAAAAUAUAUAUUUUAAGGAAUGAUAGUCUACAAUAAGUUGAACAUAUAUACUACAAGAUAACUACUACUACAGACUAUCUGAAAGAUAACUUAAGAAGAAUGAUGUACAUGUUGAUUUAUUUCAUCAUUUAAAGGAAUUAAAGCUGCACUCUCACAGAUUGAACAUUUUGACAACUUUUUUAUUUUUGUCUUUGAACGAGCCAAUUUUUGCGAGAAUCUAUGGAAACCAGUUGUACUAGACUGGUGACAAAAAAUUAGAUCGCAGAUUUUUAUAUUUCAGUUAAAAAAGAGAUGUUUUUGUGCAUUU